UUUUUUUUUGUUUUUUUUUUUUUUACAUCUUUUUUUAAUAAGAUGUUUCGUGUUUUUGAGAAAGGAUCGAUAUAUGUCUUAUAAUGUCUUUCACGAAUACGAUCAGUUUUAUUUAUUCAUUGAAAAGAUUUUUAUUUUAUUUUAUAAUUUUAUGGUAUAUGUACGAUUGAAAUGAUGAAAUUUUUUAUGGAAAGAAAGUAUGAAAUUUUUUUGUUGGAAUUGGAAUUUUAUUAAUUGUUAUAUAGUCAAUGUUUAUGUGUCCAUUAAGAAACCAUUGACGAUCUUUUUUUCUUUUUUUUUUAAUAUUGAUUGUCAUUUUUAUUAUAAUGUGAAUUUUUUUUUACAAUAUUAAGAGACUAUUUGAUAUAACAGCUAUAAAUUGAUGGCUCUUUUUUUCUCUUAAAUUUUUAUUCGGAUGGAUUUUGAUUGUUACGUAAUUGAUUACGAGUCGAUUACAUAUUACCAUAUUACCAUAUUACCAUUAUUUAGUUUGUGCAUUGAGAUUAUUAAGCAACGAGGAAAUAUCAUUAUUAUGAUGCAAAUUUUUUUAUACAUAUACAUACUUUGUGUAAUUUUCUUCAAUAGAAUUUUUAAAGCUUCCAGUAUAAAGCUUUGAAGUCUUGAUCAAGAUAUUGCAUGUCGUAUAAAAAAUCUUUAUGCAUAUAUAUAUAUUUUUUUUUUGAUUAAAUAUCUUUAUUUCAUUGUUGUUAUUAUUAUUUCUUUUCCUUGCAACGAAGACACCUUUCUAUCUUAUUUCAUUUUUAUUUGAACUCCAUUAAUCGAAACAUCAUUGGUUUAUUUAAAUUAUAAUAUAUCCAAAGUUACAUCAUACAUUUCUUUAUACGUGAAAUUUAAAUCAUUUUGUGGAAUAACAUAACCAGCAUGUUUUGAUAAUAUUUCCCGUUUAAAUUAAAUGGAAUUAACACGUAUUACCAACGAUGUUAAUGGAACCUUUUAUGUCGAGAGAUUAUCUUAAGUGAGUUUUUUUUUUUUACUUUAUGCACAAUGUUUGUGCAGUCAGUGACUCUAAUUAUUAUAACAACGUGUAAUGUGUACCCUUGUUCUUGGUUAUUAUACCUUCAAGUUAAUAGCGGGGAACAAUGUAAGAGAUUAUAGUUAUCAAAAACUUCUUUGUCCCGUAAGAUUGUUUCCUUCGUGAAAUUUUAAUAAUACCAAUUGGAUUUUUAAUUUAUAAAUCUUGUCUUCUCGCGUGUCAAAGUGUCAAGUGUAAAUAUAAGCGAUGAAAUUUGCUAAUCAUCAUAAAUUAUUAAAUUUAGACGAAAUCAAACUUUGAUUCUUAUCAUCGUGAAAUGAAAAUAUCGCCGUCAUAUUACGAAUAUUUUCGAAUUAAUUUAUCCCAUAUUGCUUCUAUCUCUUCGCAAACAUUCUCAAUCUCUCGAUGAAAAUAAAAAGAAAAACAUUUAUCUCUUCUCCUCCUCCAAAGAACCAUCCGUAAAACAUUCGUUCCCUCCUUGAUCAGAAUUAAAUUCUCACUCAGAUACGGAGCCCAUCUUCGUAAAAAUUGCAAAAGCGAGUUCUUCAAAUUUCUCCUCGCGCAUCGAAACUCGAAACGACUCACCCUGUAUAUAUUCCCGCCGGGUGUAUUCCCAUCUGUUCCCAGUGUCCAUGGGGUCCCACGGGCAUCUCCCACCCCGUGACGCCACGUAAGUCGACUGAUCGUUCCCUCCCCCUGCGUAUCCCCUCCCCUCCAUUCCAGCGCGACGACCCUCCAACGGCCCCUAUUCAAAGUCUUCGUCCGGCGUCUGUCGGCAGUCAGUCGCGGGGCAUCCGUCGUGGAGCGCGUGUCUCCCUCUCGCGCGUUUCGAGCCGUCGUCGGGAGUUUCGAACCCCUUCCCGUCUCAUCCGUACCCUUCGAACAAAGAGAUUUUCGACAACGUAGGAAAAUUCCGCACAAGGAGGAAGACGCUCUUCCAUUUUCCAUCUUGUUACUACAAUAGGUGGUUCUCGCGUGUGUUUUUCGUGUAUUUCUACGGCUAUAAUAGAAGGAACUACGUGCAACAGGUUACAGAUUAUAAAUAUUUUCAUCGGUAUUUGUUGAUGUACACAUUGACUCCCUGAGAAUUCCCUGUGAGUUCUUUGAACAUUUCUGUGAAUUGUGACGGAUUGUGCCAAGUUUCUACGAAGAAGACACUGUUUAUAAGAGGGAUUUUCGACGAGGGAAUUCGUUUAGUGUGACUCGAAGAGGAAGGAUUCAUAUAUUCGAUAGGAUAUUGGAUAGGAUCUAUGCGGAUAUAGAGAUAGAUAAAAAUAGAAGAUUUCAAAUUAAUCGUGAUAUUAUUGCUUCCCCGCUUCGUUUUCCCGAAGUCGUAAAUUAAAACGAGCGCUCCCCAAAAUAAUCCCGAUUAUUUUUAUCUCGUGUAUCGUGCAUUACUCGAGACGAGGAAGAAAGAUAGGGGAAAAGAGGAAAAGAGAGAAAAAAGUGGAAGAAAGUCGAAGUGAAGAUCGGGGUGGGAGGAAUUGGAAGGAACAGUGGGAAAAAUAAAAAUCUUCGAGGUUGUCUCGAAGGCCAGGCUACCUGGCACGGUAUAAUCGGGAGAGAAGAAAGUUCGUCUGGGUUCUACAGUUCCGGUUUUCGAGACCGUUGCCUACAUUUCUCGAUAUAAGAGCGCUCGUCCUUUUUGUAUCAUCAUAUUUCCAAUUUUUUUCUCGCGAAAUUUUUUCGAAUAAAAUAUACGUAUAUAUACUGGGAGAAGGGGGUGGAAGAGGUAAGAAGCGGAAUGCCGGCUCGUUAAUGAUCUUCGCGCGCCUCUUCGCGGUGGAAACGGAAGGAAUGAGAGGCGCCGCGGGUGAAGUUCCUUGGUGCCGAUUGAAUGGAGUUACUUCGAAGAGGUUUUGACUGUCUCUCGUGCCGACCGACUCGUCCUUCUAGAAACGCAGCAUCGUUGCACAUCCGCGUGAGUGGAGUUGGGUCUACAAAAGCAGCGUGUCCCGAUCGAUACGCAGCUAGUCGAUCAGUAUGAUGUUGCAGAACUGUAGCGGCGGUGGAUCCAGGUGCGCCAGACGCGCUCUGAUAUUUGUAUUUGCCUGGGGUCUGGUAAUGAUCGCAGCUGUACAAUUCCGUCACGUGGAAAACAAUCUUAGAGAGACACCAACGGCUGAGGAUUCCACUAACGAAUUGCUGAUCGACGAUAUCUACAGUCGACAUGAAACACUGAACAAUCAUGGAUCUUCGAGUCUUGGUCUAUCCAGAUACCUGUUGCAAAGAUCUUCAGCAGACUCCAGUUUCUCGAAUUCUGGUGGUUCAAGCCUUCUAACCACUUUGACCACUAUAUCCAACAAUUCGACCAGAAAUCCUUUAGAUUUAGAGCCACUAUUAGACAAAAGACCUGCGAAAACAGAGGAAGAAUUAAUUCAAGAAAUAGAACAAAGAUUACCUAGUCUUCCUUUAUCUUACUGGAACAAAAAUAGCAAAUAUUCUGGUAAUCAGGGGAAGAUUAAAGGCAAUAAUAGUUGUUCCAAUUUAAAAUAUCCCUCUAUCUAUGAUAUAGAAUUCAAUAAUGUUUACUGGCAAACAAUGAGGACCAGUAAUGGUACCUUUCAAUUAUUUGGUGCUUUUUAUGACCAUAGAAAAUUAUCUAGAAUAGGCCCAGCAAUUAGAAUUGUUGGAAUGAUUGAUAGAAUUGAACCUAUUGUAAAAACUCACUGUCAGUUAUGGUAUGAUGGGGAAAGGGAACCCAAGAUUGUUGAAACUUUAGAAUACAAAUAUAUUUGGUAUCCUAAAUGGGGCAACUAUAAACAGGGAAUUUAUCAGCCUUAUGUAAUUGCCUGCAAAAUCCCACAAACUCAUUGGUUGAAGGGACCUCCAGCCUCAGUUUCCAUGGUAGAAAAACCAUGUGAAACUCCCAGCAAUAAUCUUAGAGUGAUAUACAAUAAGCCUGAAUAUAAAAAAGAUUUUGCUGUUUGUGUAAAAGGAUUAGAUUUUCUUCAUGAAGAUCUAUCUGUCAGAUUGGUUGAAUGGAUAGAGUUAAUCACUCUAUUAGGUGCAGACAAAAUCUUCUUCUACCAGUUACAGGUUCAUCCUAAUGUGACCAAAAUUCUGGAUUAUUAUCAGAAGCUAGGUAAAGUUCAUGUUACUCCAUUAACUCUUCCUGGUGGACAACCUAAUGUGCCUGCCUUCCAACAUAUGUAUCUGACUAAAAAGACCAAUCAUAAGAGACAGAAUGAACUGAUUCCUUAUAAUGAUUGUUUAUAUAAACAUAUGUAUGAGUAUGAAUAUAUAGCUCUGUUAGAUGUAGAUGAAGUAAUAAUGCCAGUGAAAGAUGGUACAUGGCAGAAUUUGAUGAAAAGAGUAUUGACAAAAGCAUUUAAAAUUAGAAAUGAGACAAGAGCCUCAUAUAAUGUGAGAAACGUAUAUUUCCUAGAUGAUUUGCUGCAUUCUCAUGGAUAUUUUAAAAAUAUACCAAAGUAUAUGCACAUGUUGCAGCAUGUUUAUCGCUCGAAGAACUUUACCAAACCUAAUCAAUACAUCAAGUGCUUCCAUAAUCCGGAAAGGGUGGUAACUUUGCACAAUCACUUUCCUUUAGCUUGUUUGGGCGCUGGAUGCACCAGUUAUCCUAUAGAGACCGAAGAUGCUCAACUUCAGCAUUAUCGGGCCGACUGCGUGAAAUCGUUGAGAAAAACUUGCGUCGAGUAUCGAGAAAACAGCGUGUUGGAUACUACGAUAUGGCGAUACAGAGACCAAUUAAUCGAAAGGGUCACCAGGACGUUGGAAACUCUUGGUUUUUUUGGACCAAGCUAGCGCAAACAAGAUGGAACGAGUCUUUGUGCUAUUGACGACGAAGCUUGAAAUCGUUUAGAAUCAUUUCCUUCGUUCGUCUAGUUUCUUUUCAUUGAAGUUUUUCAAAUUUGCUACUUGAAUAGUUGUUGGAAACCGUAUGCUUCGUGGAUGAAGGAUUUUUAUAAAAUUGAAUAUCUUAUUUUUUUUCUUUCUAUUAUAUUUUCUAAAACCAAGGAUCUAUGCCAAAAAUUUAUUAUAAAAAUAAUCUUUCUAUAAAAGUAUUAUAUAUUUUUUUUUAUAAUAAUGAUAUUUUGCAGUUUCUUAAAAAUUAUACAAUAUAUAUUUUGAUUUUAAAACUAAUGAAGUAUAAAUGAAGUAUAAAUGAUCCUUGAAUGGAAAGCGCGAAGCAUUUAUUCGUUGACCAACACAUUCGAGGACAAAAUGGCUGUGUAAUCGGAUGGAAUAUAUGACAACGAUUAGAAUAAAGCGUAGAAUAAGGAUAGCGUUAACGAUUUUUCAAUUUGUGCCACUAGAUGAAGAAACGUAUUCGCGAAUUGUAAAUUGAAUGCUGUCUUUGCUCAACGCCCUUCGAGAUAAUCGCGAUAUCGAUCGAUUCUUGAGUUAAUUAUUUUUUCAAUGCAUUCGAUAUAUUUCUUAUAAAAUCGAAUAUUAUCGAAUACAUAUACCUGUACUCGAACAAUCGAAACAAAUUCGUUUCAAAGUAAAAAGGCACAAAGCAAAAUAUUUUAUUUUGAGUGAUCAUGUUAUUCAUUCAAAUAAUCUAAUUUUAUCAAAAAAUUAGUAUUUGUAUUAUAUUUAUCUGUAAUGUAUUGUAUAUCAUUAAAUUAUAUUAUUGACAUAUUUAGAAAUGUUCGAAUAUUAAAUUUGAUUAAUUCGAAUAUUUUAAACUGAAGAAACAUGAUCAAAAAGUAUGUUUUGAAAAUUAAAUUAAAAUUAAAAUUAAAAUUAUUAAAGUGGCAUUUAAUUGUCAGAAAAAUUAAUUAUUUUUGAUUUUAUUGAUUAUUAUUGAUAAUUGUUGAUUUCGAUUCGAAUACUUUUAAAUAAUCGAAAUUUAUUUUAACAAAUGAAAAUUUUUCAAAUGUAUCGACUGAAUUUGUAUUAGCGAAUAUCUCGAGUGAGUCGAAAAUAUAAUAGGAAUUUGAAAGUUUGAUUUACUUAAAAAAUUUAAAAACCGAAAACAAAUAAUUAUUUUAAAAAAUCUUUUGUAUUGUGUAUCUCGAAUUUCAGAAAAAAGAAUGAUCAGGAAAAGGAAUGGAAUAUAAUCAAAAGCGAGAUCUAAUAAUCUGGCUUUUUCUAUUUAUCACUUUCAAUGAAAUUCGAUAGAAGAUAGUGAAAAAAUAAUUAUUUUUAUUGUUUCUAAACGAUUUGUGUGAAGCUUCUUUAUGUUUUUAUUAAUUGUACCUUAAUUUAGCCAUUUAUUGGUCCUGUAUCGAAUAAUUCGAGUAUUUUAUAUCGAUUAAUCGAAUAUAAAUAUAUACUCGUAAGAAUAGAAAUAGGUUAGGAAGGAUGUUGUUACAUUUUAUUCUAAAAAAAAGAAAAAAUUAUGGAUCAAUAGAAUGAUACAGGAUAUCGUUUCUUGCUAUCGAUCAUAUGACAGGAAAAUGCAUUUAUCGAUAGACGUCGAUGCUAUUUAAAUGAAUUGCACAACCGUACGACAUUAGUAUUAAUUAGGUUAUUAUCCUAUCUAAAGACUAGGACUUGCAGUAUCCGUAGUUCGCGUACGUUUUAUUUUUCUCUUUUUUCCCUUUUUUUUCGUUUCCUCGCAUUAAACGGAAAUUCUCUGUAAAGAGAGAUUCAUUGUGAUUUUUGUCAAACAAUGAUGGGAAGAAAGUUAAGUAUGAGCAUAAAUUGGAAAUUAAAGUAAAAGUAUUUGAAAAAUGUUAUCGAUUGUUAAUUCGAAAUCAUUAUUUUGAAUUUUUUAAUAGUUUUAUGGAAUUCUUUAUAUAGGAUGUUUCAAAAUAAGUCUUUUAUAUUUCUUAUUUAUUAUGUUUUUAUUAUAUUUUAAUUUUUCUAAAUAGUCGCUUUAUUUUAUCAUGAAAAUAUUAAUUGAAACAAAAUUGCUAAGUUUAUAAAAAAUAUAGUUUUUUAUAAUAUAAUUCCUAAAAAGAUAAAAUUUUAUGAAUAAAAAAAUAAGAAAUAAUACUUGUUUUGAAAUAUCUUGUACGCAAUAUCGAAUUGCCUCUAGAAAACUUCAUUUUUGAUGCGCAACACAAAGGAUGGUCUCGAAUUCACGAUUGAUACUGUAAUUCGAGUUUACUGUAAGCUAAUGAUCGUAAUUCUUGUUGAAUAGCGUUUCUUGCGCGUUUUAAUGGGAUGUAACGAAAGCCCCUUGUUCCAGGGAUAUACGAACAUACUGGAUUGUGAAAUAAUAUGUCGAUUUUAAAUUUAGUCACGUAAAAAGAAGACAACAUAAAAUAAAUUGUCUGGUUAAAGGAUUUUCGAAAAAUUGCGUUUUACCAUCUUUAUUCUUUGUUACAAUCGAAUGUCAUUUGUUUUAUGCAAUCGAAGAGUAUUGGAUGUCGAAAGUAAAAAAAAAUUUUAAAACUAAUUUAAAAAAUUGUCUAAAUCAUGUUUCAUCGAAGAUCUUCACAAAAGAACAAAUGAUAUAUAUCCAUGGAACGAUCGAAUGCUUUCUUCCCUCAUGUGUUUGCUUUGUAACUCGAAACAGGCUAUAUAGAUUCAUUUCCUCUUCUUUUUAUAUGGUGAACCUCGAUCGCUUUCUAUGCGAUACGAUCGUUUUCUUUCUUUUUCUUUUGUGCUAUUAAAUGAGAGCGCGAUUGACGUUACACCAUAAAUUAAUUCAUAAAUAUUAUUAUUAAUAUUUCUAUUCCUAUUAUUAUUAAUAUUAAUGUUUACAUAUAUAUAUAUAUAUAUAUAUAUAUAUAUAUACAUACAUAAACACAUAUAUAUUAUAUAUGUGUAUAUAUAUUAUAUAUGUGUAUAUAUAUAUAUAUAUAACAGAUCCAUUUAAUAUUUUCCAAGAAAUAUGUAUUUAUAUUCAUAUAUAUAUACAAACAUUUGAAUAUAAUUAUCUAAAUCGGCGUUAACCUAUUCAAAUUAAUUUUUAUCACGCAAUGCGAUCACAAUGAUCAGACAAAUGACAAUUUCUUCAUUUAAUCUAUUAUUUUCAUUCGGCUUUGUGUUAUUUUUUAUAAUUAGUAGCUAUUUCUGAUUAGUCUGGUGAUUUGGAUCGUUUUGGUGAUUUUUGUCUUUUUAAUAUGGCGAAAUCGUGUGUCAAAGUGCCUAAAAUCAUCGAUCGCGAAUGUAAUCUAUGUGAUCUACAGCUCAGUUUUGACGAUCGACUUCUCGUUUUUUAUGUAAAUACACAGAAGAGUCGGUUGGGAUAAUAAUAAGCUAUUACCAGAUA